AUGAAUUUGAAAGACAUUUUGGAAAUCAACAGAUAUUAAAUGGUAAAGUAUCCAUGAUUGAACAAAAAAAAUGGAAUAUAAUAAAUUAUGAAAAUACUGUUUUAAACACUGUUAGUAAAUAUACACUUAACAACGAGGAGAACGAUGAUAAUAAUGAAAGUGAUAUGAAGAAUCUCAACUCACUAAAGAUCAGACCAAAAUUAUUAGAGACUUGGAAGAAAGUUAAUGAUAAUACAUUCACUGAUUUACAAUGGCACUUGUUUCAACAAUUUAAUAAAUAUCGAGAUGUAUUAUACACGAAUAGAAUUGUAGAAGACUCACACAAACUGAAAUGCGU